AUGCUCAGAACCCCAACCGUUUCUCUGGCCCGCACUGGCCUGCGCGCCGCCAGCGCUGCUCAGCAAUCCGUUAUCCGCCGUGCCGCUACUACUCACGCCAUCUCCAACCCUACACUCGCCAACAUCGAGAAGAGAUGGGAAGGCAUGCCUCUGCAGGAGCAGGCUGAGCUCUGGAUGGCACUGAGGGACCGCAUGAAGGGCCCUUGGUCGGAGCUGACCCUCAACGAGAAGAAGGCCGCCUACUGGAUUGCUUUCGGCCCCCACGGUCCCCGCGCCGGCCCUGCUCCUGGUGAGAACUCCCGCGUCUUCUGGGGUGUUAUCGCCUCCAUCGCCGCCAGUUUGGCCCUCUUCGGUACCGCCCGUCUUUUCGCCGGCCCUCCUCCCGACACCAUGACCAAGGAGUACCAGGAGGCUUCCAACGAGUUCCUCAAGAACCAAAAAUCCGACCCCAUUACCGGUAUCUCUUCCGAGGGCUACUCCGGCAAGGGCAUGGUCCAGUCUCCUCCCAAGGGCCACUAA